AAUGUAAAAUUAUUUUUCUAUUUAAUGCUUCUUCGUUAAUUCCAUAUGUAUGUCCCAAUCUUUUUUUCCCCCUUGUUUCCUGCUUUGCCAUUUGAAUAUCUGUGAGGAUUCUUCAGUCCAGUUGUCCUUCUCACAGACACCACAGAUCCCUGCAGAAGACACUGAAUUCAGACAGAGGCUGGAUGACUGGAAGUCUCUGAUGACAUGCCCACUAAAAGUCUAUCGGCAACUGUAUGAGAGAACCAGAUGGAAAAGUGAAAGCAAAAGAAAAAGCUAAAGAGAAAGUGAAGGAAGCAUUACAAGAGCUUAAAAAGGCAAAAGAGAAAGUUGAAACAAGGAAGAAAGUUAAGAGACCCAAACCUAUAAGAGCUGCUGAGGAAGAGAAGUCUAAGAAAGCAAAGAAAGAAAAGGCAGAGCUGAAAGUGGUAAAACUGAAAAAGGAAAAGCCUGUGAACAAACCUGAAAUGAGGCAAAAGGGAUCUGCAAAAGAGAAGAAAGACAAGGUUGAGAAAGUGAAAAUAAAGGAAAAGUCUGAGUCCUUGAAAGAGAAGGUUACAAAGCUUUUUGAAAAGCUUAAAGGUGCAAAACGUGUGCCUAUGAAAGAUAAAAAGGAAGCCACUAAGAAUCUCAUGGUUAAAACUAGCAAUAAGGAGAAGGAAAAGGGGAAUAAGAUAUGAAGAUAUCACAAUGUGUGAGACACAUUGUUCGAGCUGCUGCCUAUGUUGACCUUCACUGUGACAACAAUCUAGUAGAUCCCCUCAACCAUUUUUACUAUACUUUGCUGGUAUAAGUGAUUUAAUUGCACCUAGUAGUGCUUUAAUGCUUGAACUUGAGCAACUUAAACUGAUAGUUUAAUAUAUAUAUUAAUAAAAAUAUAUUUUAGCAAAACUGAACUUUGUUUUCUGCAUUUUGGUAGCAAUUCUCUUGUAACUAAUGAAAAUGGUGAAUCUGAAAAAUACUACACAGAACAGGAAAUGCUGCUUCUCAUUCAUACACUAGUACUAGUUAUCUACAUAAAUGAGACUAUUUAUUUGUUUUUAAAUGGUGUAUUAAAACUGAAUUCUCAUUAUUAAAACAUCCCCUGAGAUCCUUAUUUUGUGAACUUACCCCUAGGUUUACUAUGUAUGAGCCUGUACAAUUCUUAUUAAAGCAUCAGUUAUGAAACACAA